CAAAAGUGAUUCUUUUCAUCUCUCAGACGCUUCGUCUCCUCCUCGCAAUCUCUCCCAUGGCAUCCACCGACGGCGUCGCGCCGUCCUCGACACGCCGCGACCUCCGCCGCCUCCUCUUCAGUCCCUCACCCUCCUCCAGGGGCCACGCGGCCGGCGCCGACAGUAACCCCCUGGGCGGCGCCCCUCCGCUCCCGCCCCCGUCGCCGCCGAAAAUGAGAAAAGGGCUCGCGGCGGCGGCCUUCCGCGGGCUCGGAUGCGCGUCGGAAGCGGCGUCCCAGGCCUUCUCUCCGGCAGCCGCGGCCGUGAGGUCUUCGGCGGAUUGGCAGGGGAAGCGGACGCGGCGGCGGCGGGGGAAGAAGAAGAAGGAGAGGAAGAGCCAGGUCGGAGGCGACGUUUGGUGCGCCCCUGGGAUACCGUUCGCCGCAGAGGCGUCGGUCGAUUGCGUGGUGGCUCACCAGCCGAUGGUCGGAAGAGGAAGGUCCGAGGCCACCACCGAGCGGAUUCAUAGAGAGAGAGCUUACGUUCCCCGAAGGGUCAGCCACCAAGAACAAAUUUCUUCCUUCAUGGAUUCUCCCCCAAACAUGGACACAUCAUUCUUUGCGCCUGAUCUUCUACGUUCGGGGCACCUGCGCCACUUCCGAGGACACCACCGCACUCCAGGUGGACUUGAGGAGAUCAUGAUGUUCCAGACCAGGGUUUUACUAGGUGGAGGGAUGGAAAUACACGACAGAUUCCGUGACUGGCGAUUGGAUGUCGAUAACAUGUCAUACGAGGAACUUCUUGAGCUCGGCGACAAGAUUGGUCAUGUGAGCACCGGACUGAGAGAGGAAGAGAUCCUCCGCAGUCUUAGGAAAGGCAAGGAUUCAAUUUUUUCAUCUUUGGCAAGGCGUUACUCAAACGAAGUGGAAUUGAAGUGCAGCAUUUGUCAAGUAGGUCUCUCUGAGGAAGAAUAUGAAGUGAGUGGUGAGACAGGAAGACUGGAGUGUGGCCACAGCUACCACAUGUAUUGUAUAAAGCAAUGGCUUCUACUAAAAAAUGCUUGCCCUGUUUGUAAAGCUCCAGUUCUUAAAACCUAAAAGGCACAAUCCUUUCUGUUCUUCCCUGUAUAGUUGUCAGCUAAAGGAUAAACCAGUGAUUUUUUUUCCCCCUUGUUGUUUGAUUACAUUUGCUAGAAGAAUGGUGACAUGCAUUGACUCUGUUUUCUUCUAGCAUUUAGAUGCAUUAAUGACAAUGAGUAAUGGAGGAUGGAAAUUACUAUUGGAA